AUGAGGCUGGCUCGGAUGGGACGACAACAACAACGACAGCUGUUACUUGCCUCUCCUUUCAAAUGACCCAGAGCAUCGCUCUCUUUCUUAGGUUCGUCCAACUUCGACAAGUGUAUGCUUCAGACAAAGGCCGCUUGCACUCCAAUACGCAUUAAGCAUCAGCAGUGCAAGCCAUCCAAUGUCUCAGUCGUUCGAUCAAGCCUAAGCCUCGGGAAGGGGUGUGCGGGGAACGCUUAAACCUCUUCCUCCACUACCCCUCGACCCCAACCCCCAUGAGUCCUCCUGAAGUUCAUCAUAGCCACCAAUAACACCCCGCAGUUCCUGGCGGAAAGGACCGAACGACAAGGUUGUCUGAUCUCCUUGGCCUUGCCGACGACAUCAUUCAACCCCUGUCUGCUAUCCUUGCUGCCUACCUGAGGUGACCUUCUGAUUAUACAGCCAACCUGGUACACGUGCGACCUGUACGGCAUCUCUUGAGCUGGGAUUAUUGUUACCCUUGUCUCACGGCACUGCUGGAGCACUCGUAGCUGCCGGCACUGAUACUAUUUACAAAAGAACCUGAAGAAGUUGAGAGUGAGGACGACGAGAGGUGGGAUCGUAGGCUUGUACUCCAGAACCGAGUGGGCUUGGAGGAGCUAUUGAACGGCUCGACCACAAUUCUCUCGCCGUUGUGCCGACAUAAGUCCAGCUUCUAGCUCGUGACGAGGGGCAUCUUGGAUGUUCGUGAGACUAAUGCAGGCCAGCUUGACAGCUCGGUGAUACUCCAGCAUUCGGGCCUUCGAGGCACAUCAAAGCAACCCACCCUGAACACACCCCCUGCCCUACCGCUUCUUCGUGCCUUGCGAAGAAGUAUAUAAUCAUCAUGGUUCACCUACAACAUGUCAUGUCAGGAAGCCUGGCACACAACACCACAGAGCGCCUUACACAGCCCAUCAUGAAGCUUCUCACUUCCGCUCUUCUGCUUGGGUCACUCGCCACCCAGACGAUCUUUGGCUAUCCUGGCGGCCAAUUUGUCAAGAGAGACGUCGACUCCUUCAUUGCCACUGAGACUCCCAUAGCCCUUGCGCAGCUACUCUGUAACAUUGGCCCUAACGGUUGCCAUGCUCAAGGCGUCAGCUCUGGCAUCGUUAUUGCUUCUCCGGACAAGACCGACCCACCGUAUUUCUACACGUGGACUAGAGAUGCUGGUCUCGUCUUCAAGGCUGUGGUAGACAUCUUCACCAACAGCUACGAUGCCAACCUUCAGACCAACAUCCAGAACUACAUCGCCUCUCAAGCUCGUCUCCAGGGAGUCUCAAACCCUUCCGGAGGCUUGGGCGAUGGUGCCGGUCUUGGCGAGCCCAAGUUCGAAGUGAACUUGGCUCCCUUCACGGGUGCUUGGGGACGACCUCAGAGAGAUGGUCCGGCGCUGCGAGCCAUUGCCAUUAUCGGUUACGCGAAAUGGCUCGUAUCAAACGGCUACUCAUCUACUGCCUCAUCCGUCUUGUGGCCGGUGAUCCGCAAUGACUUGGCAUAUGUUGCCCAGUACUGGGACCAGACUGGUUUUGAUCUGUGGGAGGAGGUCCAGGGAAGUUCUUUCUUCACCGUCGCCAGCCAACAUCGCGCUCUUGUUGAGGGCAGCGCGUUGGCCCGGUCUCUUGGACAGUCGUGUGCAGCUUGUGAUGCCGUAGCUCCCCAAGUCCUGUGUUUCUUGGGCAGAUUCUGGAACCCUUCGGGCAACUUCAUGGUUGCAAACAUCAACGGAAACGGAAGAUCUGGCCGUGAUGCCAACGUUAUCCUCGCCUCCAUUCACAACUUCGACCCGGCCGCAGCCUGCGACGCGGCGACUUUCCAGCCCUGCAGUGACAAAGCCCUUGCCAGCCACAAGGUCGUCGUCGAUUCUUUCCGUUCCAUCUACGCGAUCAACAACGGUAUCGCCCAAUCCGCCGCUGUUGCAGUCGGCAGAUACCCUGAAGACAGCUACUACAACGGCAACCCGUGGUACCUCAACACCCUGGCCGCCGCCGAGCAGCUCUACGACGCCCUCUAUGUUUGGAAGCAGCAAGGAUCCAUCACAGUCACCCAGACGUCAUUGGCCUUCUUCCGUGACCGUGACGGCUCCGUUGCACCCGGGACGUACGCCUCCGGCUCGUCAACCUACAACUCGCUCAUCAGCACCGUCAGCGCCUACGCGGACGGUUUUAUGAACGUGGUCGCGACCUACGCCCAGUCCAACGGCUCGCUCGCCGAGCAGUUCUCUCGCAGCAACGGCCAGCCCCUUUCGGCGGACGAUCUCACCUGGUCUUACGCAGCCUUCCUCACAGCCGCCCAGCGCCGCGCCAACGUCAUCCCCAAGGGCUGGGUCGGCUCUGCCACCUCGGUCCCGGGUACGUGCCAGGCUACCUCCGUCGCCGGCUCAUACUCCAGCGCCACGGCGACUUCGUUCCCUGCCAACCAGACGCCUGGUGGAGGAGGCGGAUCACCCACGGGAACCACUACGGGGGCUACGCCGACCGCGACGGGAUGCCCUAUUGCCAGCUCCGUGCUCGUCACUUUCAACGCCCGGGUCGUGACGCAGUUCGGCCAGACGAUCAAGUUGGUGGGUAGCACCGCCGCCCUCGGAAGCUGGAACCCGAGCAAUGCCAUCGCAUUGAGUGCUUCGGGAUACACUUCGGCCAACCCCAUCUGGACUGUGACCAUUGAGUUGCCGGCUGGUACGACGUUCCAGUACAAGUACAUCAACGUUGCCAGCGGUGGUGCCGUCACUUGGGAGAGUGACCCCAACCGCAGCUACACAGUCCCGUCAACCUGCUCGUCGACGGCUACGAAGUCUGACACCUGGCAAGGAUAG